GUUGGCGAUUCCACGGCGACUCGGUGACAGUUGCGCGCCCACAGUCAAGCCCAGCGGUACAGCACUCAAUUUUGGCGAGGAGGCGGCACAUAUCAAGUAUACUAUAUCUAUUAUAUACAUUCAUAUAUGCAUAUAUGCAUAUAGGCCAGCCCGUAUUAAAUUAAAGACAAUUGUGGUGAUAAGGCAAACCCAGCGAAAAGUAGCCAUGUCGGAGGCCUAUUCGAAUUCCAUACGCAGCCUGAGUCCAGAGCUGGCCAAAAAGGCGCACGACGAGCUGGGAGAGAUACCCGACAGAAUCGAUGAGGAUAUCGAAACGUUGCGCACUUGGAUCUCCAAGCAACCUCAUCUCAAGGCUCGCCAGGAUGCCCAGUUCCUGGUCGCCUUCCUGCGUGGCUGCAAAUACAGCUUGGAGAAAACCAAACUCAAGUUGGACAACUUCUAUGCGAUGAGGGGAGCCGUGCCCGAGCUCUACAAGAAUCGCAUUGUGGGUGAGAAGCAGCUAAGCAUUCUGGACACAGGUUGCCUCCUCCGAUUGCCGCAGCCACUGCAGGCCGAUGGUCCUCGCAUCCACAUCUCCCGCUACGGCCAAUACGACUCGAAGAAGUACUCCAUUGCCGAGGUUGUCCAGGUAAACACGAUGCUCGGCGAGAUUCAGAUAAGGGAAGACGACAAUGCUAUGAUAUCCGGCUUUGUGGAGAUCAUCGACAUGAAGGGCGUUGGGGCAGGUCACCUAUUCCAGUUCGACGCGGUGCUGGUCAAGAAACUAGCCGUUUUGGGCGACAAAGCGUAUCCCUACAGGCCCAAGGGUUUCCACUUUGUAAAUGCGCACUCCAGUGCAGAGAAGUUCAUGUCCAUUGCCAAGAGCCUGAUGAGCGAAAAGAUUCGGAAACGGUUUCAUAUACACUCCAAACUGGACAGCCUCUACAAGUAUGUCCCCAAGGAAUGCUUGCCAGCUGAGUAUGGGGGCAGCAACGGAACCAUCCAGGACGUCGUCAGUACAUGGAGGACCAAGCUCCUGGCCUACAAGCCAUUCUUCGAGGAGGAGACUUCUUAUGGCACGAAUGAAAAGCUGCGGCGAGGACAGCCCGUUAAUGCCGAAUCACUUUUUGGAAUCGAAGGAUCCUUCAGAAAACUAGACAUCGACUAGUCUAGAGCGUAACAUAUAAAACGUAGUCAUUUUUAAUCUUUGUACGAACGCAGACAAAUCAAAACUAAACAACAUAAAACUAA